AUCGUGUAGUUCCGAGUCCUGCCGAUGCUAGAUGUGCGUCUUUGAAACUCUCUCGCGGAGGUUCGCGGUAAAAAUUGUGAUUUUGAAUAAAUUUUUUGAAACAAAAAUUAUUUAUACAAAAACUGUCAUAAAUUAAAAAAAAAUAGUGAUUGUUUUCGUUUUGUUUCCAUGUAGUGAAAAUUUUUGUGAUCAAAAAAUUGAAAUAAUAUAGUAUAUUAAAAAUUAAUGUGUAUUUGAACCUUCAAAGUUUCCGUAGUUAACUAAAACUAAUUAGGAUUCUGUGCUUCUCCUUUUACGGUGAACGGGAAUCACCGAGCUUUUCUCUCAGGAUCACUCUUCUCCCAUCGACGAGCGAGAAGAAAAGCGGAAACGGUGCUCAUCCUUUUUUGGAAUGCGAAACAAAUUACGACAAACAAUCGUUUGAUGGUGUAAUGUUACUUUCGAGGAAUCAUUCUAGAUGUCAUUCGGCAUCGUUUUAUAACUGACUACAACGAUACCUAAAAUAAUUCGACUGCAGCAAUGUUUAUGGAUUAUUGGCGUUUUUUCCUUCUUCUAUGGAUACCACCGAUUCUACUAACAACAUCAACAGAUAUCAGAAAAAGAGAUGUCCAAAAAUAUUCCGAUUGGAGACAAUUAUGGUACUCAAACGCCGAAGAAUUUGCAAGAGCAGAAGGUUCAGCUGGAGAAAAUAACACGGUGACUAAUGUUACCGUACAAUUGGGUGCCACCGCUUAUUUACAUUGUCAUAUCAGGACAUCCGGUGAUCGAACGUUAGCAGGAACUGAGCCUGUAUCGUGGGUACGAAGAAGAGACUGGCAUAUCCUCUCUUCCGGUAUGUUCACGUAUACGAACGACGAGAGAUUUCAAAUUCUGCACGCAGAGGGUUCAGACGACUGGACCCUGCAGAUAAAAUACGUCCAGAAGAGGGACAACGGCACGUACGCAUGCCAGGUUUCUAGCAGUACUGGUACAAUUUCACAUUUUGUUAAUCUACAAAUAGUAGUCCCUGAAGCAACAAUUCAAGGUGGAAGUGGUGAACACCAUGUAGACGUCGGCAGCGUAAUCGAUUUAGUUUGUAUAAUUGAAAAAAGUCCAACACCUCCUCAAUAUGUCUUCUGGUUUCAUAACAAUCAUAUGAUCAACUACGAUACCGCAAGAGGAGGUAUAAGUGUUGAAACUACACCGGGUGUUCGUACGCAAAGUAGACUUACCAUUAGAGAUACAAACGAUGCUGAUUCGGGAAAUUACACUUGUUCAGCUUCAAAUACUGAACCAGCAUCGAUAUAUGUAUUUGUCUCAGAAGGGGACAACGUAGAUGCAAUUUUAAUGAGGAAAUCAUCAUCUGGAUCCAUAACGAAAGAUUUUCUUCUACUUUUUUUGGCAUUUCUCAGCACGUCUUUACGAUAGAAGAAGGAAGUUUAAGAUUCUUUGGAAUAUAUCAGUGUAAAAGGACAAUGAUUUCAUUUCAUAUUAAAAAAUAUGAUUAAAAGAAAAAAAUAAA